UUUAUUGCCAAGUGCGAAGCAGUUACCCCUGGGGCGCCGGGGGCUGGGAGGGGUUGGCGGCCGGGACGGAAGCACAGGGAAAGGCGGGGCCGCGCAAGGAACUAGCGUAGCUUCUGUCGUUAGGGCACCCUCUUUCCUUGCUAAAUACCGACUCCCCCGUCCAUGUGGUGGUGUGUGUGCACUUGCCAGUCUGCUUGAGAGUGAAGAUCUCGAAGGAUUGCAUAGUUAAGUUGCUUUUACAGAAUUAACAGGUCUCCAAGAAAUAAAAAAAAGGUCAUUAUUGCUGUGGUUUGAGCUCAGCAUGGCUGUAGUCAUCCGUUUACUGGGGCUUCCUUUUAUUGCGGGGCCUGUGGAUAUUCGUCACUUCUUCACGGGAUUGACUAUUCCUGAUGGAGGAGUGCAUAUAAUUGGAGGGGAAGUUGGGGAGGCUUUUAUUAUCUUUGCAACAGAUGAAGAUGCAAGACGUGCCAUAAGUCGUUCAGGAGGGUUUAUCAAGGAUUCAUCUGUAGAGCUUUUUCUUAGUAGUAAGGCAGAAAUGCAGAAGACUAUAGAAAUGAAAAGAACUGAUCGCAUGGGAAGAGAGAGACCAGGAUCUGGGGCACCAGGGGUUGGCAGCUUAUCUAAUUUUGUUGAGGCUAUUAAAGAAGAAGCAAGUAAUUCUGGAUAUGGCUCUCCGAUUAAUCAAGAUGCUGGGUUUCAUACUAAUGGUACAGGACAAGGUGAUUUAAGGCCAAGAAAGACACGACCAUUGAAGGCAGAGAAUCCUUACUUGUUUCUACGAGGCUUGCCUUACUUAGUAAACGAAGAUGAUGUACGUGUCUUUUUCUCUGGUUUGUGUGUGGAUGGAGUAAUUUUCUUAAAGCAUCAUGAUGGCCGAAAUAAUGGUGAUGCCAUAGUAAAAUUUGCUUCAUGUAUCGAUGCUUCAGGAGGUCUUAAAUGUCAUAGAAGUUUUAUGGGUUCAAGAUUUAUUGAAGUAAUGCAAGGCUCGGAACAACAGUGGAUUGAGUUUGGAGGUAAUGCAGUUAAGGAGGGUGACAUUUCUAUGAGGACUGAAGAACAUUCUCCACCAAGAGGAAUUAAUGAUAGACAUUUUUGGAAACGAUCUCAUUCAAAAUCUCCCAGAAGAACACGUUCUCGUUCUCCUCUUGGAUUUUAUGUUCACUUAAAAAAUCUGUCCCUAAGUAUUAACAAAAGAGAUUUAAGAAAUUUCUUUAGAGAUACUGAUCUGACUAAUGAACAGAUUAGGUUUUUAUAUAAGGAUGAAAGAAGAACAAGAUAUGCCUUUGUGAUGUUCAAGACUCUGAAAGACUAUAACACUGCUCUGGGUUUACAUAAGACUGUUUUACAGUAUCGUCCAGUUCAUAUUGAUCCAGUUUCUAGAAAACAGAUGCUGAAGUUCAUUGACUGUUAUGAAAAGAAAAGACCAGCGUCAACAGAGAAAGAGAGGCUUGGACACGUUUCACAAAAAUACUCUCAAGAAGGCUAUUCUGGCCAGAAACUGUGCAUAUAUAUAAGAAAUUUUCCAUUUGAUGUUACAAAAGUUGAAGUGCAGAAGUUCUUUGCAGACUUUUCUCUUGCUGAGGAUGACAUUUACUUGCUUUAUGAUGACAAAGGAGUUGGUCUAGGAGAAGCAUUGGUGAAAUUCAGAUCAGAAGAACAGGCCAUGAAAGCUGAACAUUUAAACCGACGAAGAUUCUUGGGGACAGAGGUAUUGUUAAGGCUCAUAUCUGAGGUACAAAUGCGGGAGUUUGGUGUAAAUUUUUCUUCAAUGUCCAGUGAGAGAAUGCAUGACCAUUCACAGUCAUGUGACAGAGAUGAUCAUUCCCAUUCAUUUGACUCAAAUGAUCUACCAUUAUACUCGGUUGGCCCUUCUGAAAACUUUAGGCAUCAGCAGGAGGACUUGAGGCAACUGGACAAUUUCAAGCAUCCCCAGGGGGAUUUCCGACCUCCUGAAAGGCGCCCUCCAGAAGACUUUAGGCAUUCCCCAGAGGAUUUCAGGCACUCCCCUGAAGACUUCAGGCACCUUCGGGAGGAACACUUCAGGCGGCCUCCUGAGGAGGACUUCAGGCGCUCUUGGGAAGAGGACUUCAGACACACUCCGGAGGAGGAUUUCAGGCACUCUCGGGAGGAGGACUGGAGGCGGCCACCUGAGGAGGAUUUCAGGCGGCCUCCCAAGGAAGACUUCAGGAGACCCCCUGAGGAGGACUGGAGGCGGGCCCCCCAGGGAGACUUCAGGAGGCCACCUGAGGAGGAUUGGAGACGGCCUCCUGAGGAGGACUUCAGACGGCUUCCCCCGGGGGAAUGGAGGCGGCCACCUGAGGAAGACUUCAGGCGGCCCCCUGAGGAGGAUUUCAGGCGACUUCCAGAGGAAGACUUCCGGCGACCUCCCGAGGAGGACUUCAGGCGGCCCCACGAGGAGGACUUCAGGCGGUCUCCUGAGGAGGAUUUCCGGCGUUCUCCCGAGAAGGACUUCAGGCGGCCACCUGCGGAACACUUCCGGCGGCCACCCCUGGAGCAUUUCCGGAGGCCGCCCCCGGAGCACUUCCGUCGGCCACCUCAGGAGCAUUUCCGGCGGCCGCCCCCAGAGCAUUUCAGACGGCCACCCCAGGAGCAUUUCAGACGGCCGCCUCAGGAACAUUUCAGGCGGCCAUCCCAGGAGCAUUUCAGGCGCCCCCGAGAGGAAGAUUUUAGGCACUCACUGGAUGAAGAUUUCAGGGGUCCUCCAGAUGAAGACUUUAGGCACCCUCCUGAUGAGGACUUCAGGAAUCCCCAGGAGGAAGAUUUUAGAAGCCCUUCCGAUGAGGACUUCAGGCGUCUCCCGGAGGAAGACCUCAGGGAAGCUCCAGAGGAGGACCCUAGACUUACUGACAGUUUUAGGCUUCCUGGUGAGGAGUUUAGGAGCCCCCCUGAUGAUUUUAGAAGUCAUCGCCCUUUUGUGAAUUUUGGUCGCCCAGAAGGUGGCAAGUUUGAUUUUGGAAAGCGUAAUAUGGGAAGUUUUCCUGAGGGGAGAUUUAUGCCUGAUCCAAAAUUAAAUUGUAAUUCAGGUAGAGUAACACCCAUUAAGAUAAUGAAUCUUCCAUUUAAAGCUAAUGUUAAUGAAAUUCUAGACUUUUUCCAUGGUUACAGAAUCAUACCUGAUUCAGUUUCAAUACAGUAUAACGAGCAAGGAUUACCUACAGGGGAAGCCAUUGUUGCCAUGAUAAACUACAAUGAAGCUAUGGCUGCUAUUAAAGAUCUGAAUGAUAGGCCAGUUGGCCCCCGCAAAGUUAAGUUAAUUUUGCUCUAGAGAGCAUUUCUAAAUUCAGAAUUACUUCCCCACAGUAUUGAUGCAGUAAAAUGCAUUUUUUUAAGUGUUUACUUUUAACUAAUGAAAAGAAACAUUUUAAUUUUACCUGUGAAUAGAACAAAUGUAAAUAGUAGAAUGUGAAUCUGGUUUUCUUUUGCUUGGAAAUUGCCGUUCACUUUUUCUAACUUAAAAAUAUAUAUGCCUUUUUUUUGACCAGUGGGGGAGAGAACUAAUUCCCUGAGUGCAUUAAUUUUUGUUGAUGUCAUGGGUAAACGUCAAGACUUGUAUAGUAGAACUGUAUUUGGGGAAGAUAAGUUUUAUAUUCACUUUUGUUUCCAUUCUGUAGUCUACAUCUUUUUACUCAAACUGUAUAAGGAAAUGGUCAGUGACUGAUUGUUCAGGGUUAGCAUUUUCAUUGCUAACUGCCUGCAGAAUUAAUGCCCUCUUCCUUGUCUGAGAUAUUACUGUUAAGCCUCCCCUUAAUCAUAAAUAGUUCAAAAUUGACAGACUGUGAACUUGAAAUUUACUUAUGUAAAAAGCUUAGGAAAUUCUUAAAACUUCGAUGAUCAUAACUUUCAAAAUUUUAUAAAAAUAAAAUUGCAACUGAAUAAACCAACUAAUUGUAUUUGUAUAAAGAGAAAAAAAUAUUACAGCUUCUUUUGUGAAGGUUUCCAACAGCUGUAUAAGGUAAUAUUUAUGACAGGAGAGACCAAACAUUCUGUAAUAAUAGUGUAUUAGUGCUGUGUAUAGUUCUGUGGUUUCUUCCAACAUCUCAUCAACCAAACUGAUAAGAUUUACUCAAAAUACUUAAAGACAAAAAAAUAAAAAAGUAAUUAUAGGUACAAGGGGACUUUCAGGCUUAUGCUGGUAAGAAUCUGAUAAAUGGACAUAGUUUGUUUCUAGGAAGAAUUUACUGAUGAUUCAUAUAACUUGUAUUUUUCAAAUUAGGUUCUCAUCUCUUAAUUUCAAAACUUUUUAUCCGAAGACUCAAUGACUAAAUAUAACAAGACUUUUGUGAGGUUGAAUUUUGACUUCAUUGAUAUUUGACAUUUAGACAUUUUGCAAAUACUGGAUUUGAUUUUCUAUACCAUCAUAAUGUUAAUGCUUACAUUGGGCACUUACUAUGUGCUAGGCAGUAUAAGUACUUUACAUGCAUAAUGUCAAUCUUAAUUAUUCCCUAAGCAGCUUAAGAGUAUUUAGCGCUAUUUCACAAAUGAGAUAAUGAAAUUCAGAGAGUUUAAGUUACUUGCCUAAAGUCAUAGCUAGUAAAUCAUGGAGCCAGUUUCAACCCAGACAGACUACACACUCCAGUUCAUGCUCUUAAUACUUUUGCCUGCUAACUUUGUUAAAUGCUGUUUUUAAUUUUAGUAAGACCAUGCUAAAAAUAUUUUCAAGAGUAAAGGAUAUUUUCUUACCUCCAUUUUUGCUUUAAAAAUAGCAUUAAGAAAAGAUAAAAUUAGUAUGCCCAAACAUUGUUAAUAAAAGACAAAGUAACUACAACUUUCAGGGUUUCUCUGGGAGACAAACAUUAUGUAUUGGCUUCUAAUUUAACAUUGUUCAUCUUAUGAAACGUGAUUUGACUUUGGUUGGCCUUUUAUAGUUUACAUAAAACAAGGUUAAUUUUCCUCAAUUCUGUGAUUUAGAUAUUUCCCACAGUGAGCAAAUAAGAAUAAAGUUUGAAUUUAUAUCAGUAGUUUAGUCAUUUAAUAAUAGGGUAUGGCAGAAGUAGAAUACUUUGUCAGUAUUUAGCCAGUUAGUGCUAUAAGUAUUUUGGAUUAAUCUUUAGUGAUUUAAAGAAGUCUAAGAAAAACCAACCGAAGUUUCUGCGUUUUUUUUUUUUUUUUU